UAUUAGCCAUUAGCAAAAUAUCGGAUGCAAUAUGGUUUUGAUAUUCGUGCUCAGUCAUCGAAGUUGAAAUGAAAAAGAGCGUCAGUUUAGAAAAGAUAUAUGAUGCAGAACUAGUGUCUCAUGUAAGAAACAGCUCUUAUAUACGCCGAUUUCCCGACGCGGAAAGUACCGAUCAUGAUCAUGAUGCCUACAGGCGUCCAAUGUUUCCCUUUAAAAGCACUCCGAGUGGCAACCUAAAGGUGCAAUCCAAUCAGGUAGUAUUUCAGUCGUCAACCGUGGGCGUCCUCUUAGCAGAUCCGACACAGGCGUCAGUAAAAGUAAAGUUUGAAGGAAAAGCAGCUGGCGAACCGGAUGAUGACAGCGAAAUUAAUGACCUACCAGACGCGUGCCACAACGAAUGCGGAGGCAAGCCGAAGCUAUCCGAAGUGCCACAUGAGAAGGGCAGGGACCUGGAGAGCCUCGGGUUCGCGCAGUUUGAGCCGGUGGACUGGCUUCGAGUCCAGUUGCCCAAGAAGCAAGACCUGUUCCAGGAGUUCUAUCGACGUGUGCACAACUAUGUCAACACCGACACCAUAAUACACAUCGGCGAUGAAGAGUUCCACUGUCAUCAUAUAGUAUUACAAGUCUAUUCGGCAUUUUUCAACAAUAACACGCAAAAGGAUAUCACACUGCCAGUGGCUCGCGUGACGCCGCAGGCGUUUCAAUCGUUGUAUGAAUGGAUGAUUUUCAGCGGACCAGAAAGCAACAGGGUUCUCAAACGGGAUAAUAUACUGGCACUGUAUUGCGCGGCACAGUUUCUGGCUAUUAAAGAUUUGGAAGAUCAAUGUUGGGCGUUUAUUGCCAACGAGUGCCUGAUAAACGAAGACACAGCGUUUGCGUUGUUUCGAGAAGCGCGAGCAAAAGGCACCAAGGAAGUCGUGGAUAUAAUGGUACCACGGGUUCAAAGAUUUUUCUUGCCUCUGGUGGCAUCGAGAGAUUUCUUUGCCCUAGAACUCGAUGAGAUCUUAAUUUUCUUGAGUUCUAAUUACAUCUGCGUCACCAGUGAGAUAGAAGUCCUGAUGGCUGGAGUGCGAUGGCUUAACGGCAACUGGCCAGAGCGUCGUCGGCACGCUGCUGAAGUUAUGCGCUGUGUGCGUUUUGGCCUCAUCUCGCCCUGGCAACUUGUGGAUAUCAAGCGGAAUCCUGACAAUGCUGAGAUUCUAGAGAUCGUCAAUGAUCCUGAUGUGCAGCAGAUGGUUGAUGAUGGACUUGCCUACGUCAUCAUAAAAUACUGGUACGGCAACAACUCGAAGAAUUAUUACCACUGGAUAGAUGUUCUUGGUCUUACGGAACCUGCUGAAAGGAAUUGGAUUGGAGAAGAGACGAAUCAUGUCACAUACAAGGAUUUUCUGAAAUACCUUGAGCAGUUCAUGGUGCCCAAGGACCAAGUGUACCAGCAGAUGGCCCUCAUGCAACCACCGCGGAGAAAUGAUGACAUACCCGGCAGUCUUCGCGGCAUGGACGCUGAAAACAUGGACUCGCGAAGACCUAAAAUGGACUUACCCCUGCCGACGACGUUUAAAGGGUUCGCUGGAGAUAAAGAAAAGUUUCCUGUGGGAGAAUUUUUUAUGGAUCGGAGAAAGAAUAAAGACCCUAGUCCACAAAUGGGCGAGGCACCAUCCACGGCCCCUCGUGAUGACGACCUGGCGCUGCAGAUGAAGAGAAUGAGGAACGUACUGCACGGGAGGGCCGAACAAGCAGGGGAGGAACGGAAAAGGGCUGUGCAAAGUAAAUUCCACCUGCCCGCGCACCGUCCGCAACUGCAGCAGAUUCAGAUGUGUUUAUUGGAACAAGAUAACCAGUCACAGAAACAGCGGGAGCAAGCAUUCGAGCCACCUGAGAGGGAUUCGAUUGAAGACCUAAACACCAAUCAGAGUGAGACUAGCGACUCAGAACACAUAUUGCUACGUUACGAGAGGCGGCCGAGUGCAGCGGCUGCCUACUUGGCUGCUGCCACGGCUGCCAUGGCUGGCCCCAAGGUGCAGACAGAGGCAGCAUCGUCAAGUGCUCAGAAGAGUCUAGUAGCACCGAGUUCGCCGUUGGUGGGUCGACAGAACAACACGAGUCCCACCAUCUCGCUUUUCAACCAAUCUAAAGAAUCUUUGGCGAAGAAGAAUAUGAAUAAAUUAUCAACAUCGGUCCUAGGACCGACCAAUAAGAUCUACACGGCCGAUGGUUCUCUGUUCAACUACAACAGAGAGACUGUGUUGGUGUUCGGGGGCAUCGACCCUCAUGCGAACUAUGGCCUUGGGAGAAAUACGGGGAAGGACAUAUUUAGGUUUGAUCCAGUGACUAACACCUGGGAUGUCGUUGGAGAGCUUCCUGAGCCGAGGCAUCAUCAUUCGGUUGCUUUCUUACGGGGAAGAGUGUAUCUCGUUGGUGGUUCAGAUCCUCGAGACGACGACACACGCGGUAAAUCAGUAGUGGUGUCUACUGUCUGGAGUUUUGAGCCGGUAACGCGGGCCUGGUUCAGCGAAUCCGGCCUCGCUGUGCCGAGAAAGAACUUUGGCCUCGUCGUGCACAAGAUGGCGCUGUACGCCAUAGGAGGGCAGGAUAAAAAGGGCAGAGUCCUUCGCUCGGUGGAGAAGUUCGACCCCACCACUGGUUCUUGGAGCGAAGUCCGUUCCAUGGGCGUAGCUCGCAUGGCGGCCGCGGCAGCUAAGUACCGCGAGUACAUCUGGGUCGCCGGUGGCAUGACCGGUGAAAAGAAGCGACCUGUCUGCAAGGUCGUCGAGUGCUACAACUCUGAGACUAACCAGUGGACGACGAUUUACGACCUUCGGUUUCCACGGUGCUUCUCCACGCUGUUCGCGAUGAACGACAAACUGUACCUCGUCGGAGGCGCCGGCAAAGUGUCAGAGAGGGAAAAAACUGCGAGCAGUGUUGGCGCCAUAGACUACUGGGAUUGGAAAUCGCGCUGCUGGAAGCAGCAGACAGAGAUGUCUAUUCCGCGACACGGGCAUGCCCUCGCGUACCUCGGUACACAGAUGAUCAUCAUAGGCGGUGUGACAACUAUCUACAUGCGCGCUCUCAACAACGUGGAGUCUUUCUGCUGCGAGCGGGAGGCUUGGAUCAGGGGUGUCGCGUCCAUGCCCUCGCCUCUGUCCGGACACGGUGCCGUUACCCUACCACCGGCAUCGCUCAUGUAACCCUACUUAAACUAAAGGUGUCGUGGUUGAGGGGUAGGUGUGUUCCAUACCGUUGUCUCUAUCCAUCGGCGCCGUUACCCUUCCUUGAGCAUCGCUCAUGUAAUCUUAGUCAAGAGCCAAGUCAGUCACCCAAGCGUCUUUGGAGAGUCCAGGUCUAGUCAAUGCUAUGUAAAAUGGCCUCGCAUCGCCAACCUUGCACCUACCAUAGAGUUGACUAGACGCUGGCGCUCAAGAGGUACUUAUGUUUGGUGGCUCAAUGUUCCAGCCGUUUUAAUACCGUUGAAUUUAAUGGCGGUCAUCCAAGUGUGACUAUUAAGUAGUCUAUCCGUAUCAUUGUAACAAAAUGAACGAAUGGUGGAGACGUUACGGGUUGACAAGCAUUGCAUUGGAUCAAUAUUUCUAUGCAAAGUUUUUGUGCGCGUCUAAAAUUGAUUUGUGAUUAAAUUUUUGUUGUAUUUAAUUUUGAAUAUUGUAAAUGUAAUUUGUUAAAUUGACUUUCUUGGUCGCUUGUGUGUUAAGUUAAAAUAAAUUCUUGUACAUGUUGCACGAUUAUAUUUAUUAUUAUAAUCAGUAAUCACUUACUACGAUCAUUGAAGAAAUAUAAAAUAUUCCACUGCACUUGAUAAAUACUUAUCACUUCAAGAAGUGAUAGAGUAUUUUUAUGGGAUAUCUUAUCAAACAUCAAAGUCUAGGUUAGCCGCUGGACUGAAGCACGUUAU